AUGUCAUAUAAUGAUGGGUCUGAUAUAUUAAAAUCAAUCAUAAUGACACCAUAUUCGUGUCCAAAUCCUCCUGAUGAAAUUGGACAACAAGAUGCGAAUAUUGCGACUUCAACAUUGGAUUCUUUAUUUAGUGAUAGGGAUUUAUCAAUGAAGAUGAGCAAAAUUACGAACAACUUGUCCAGGACUAUGCAACUCCAAAAAGAUAGAGCAAAUAAUUCAAAAUUUCAACCAAAAAUUGCAAACAUCGCUCUUUUUAAAGAUUUAUUUAUGCAACCAGAAGUUAAUAUAAUCAGCGUAAUGCAAAUUGAUAGUAUCGCUCAAAUACAUAUUGAAGAAAUGUUAACUUUGAUUCUUGAGCAGAAAAUUCCAGGUCCAAGAGCAGGACUUGCCUUAUUCAAACUCUUUCAUGAAUUAAGGAUAACUCCUAAAGAAUUUUACAUGAAAUUAAUUUCCAUUGAAAGAUUGAAAGAUUUAAACAACGAUCUUUACCGAAACCUCUUCAUUAGACUUUGCUAUUCAUGUUACCAUUUAAAGUUAGUUCCUCAUAGAGAUCUUCUAGGGUAUAUAAUUGAUAAGUUUCAUCCAAAAUAUUACGAAAUAUUUAUUAACGAAAUUUUAUCAUCAUUUCCAAUAUUGAAAUAUGCCUUAACAGAGUCAAGAAUGAAACAAGAAUUCAAAAAUCACUACGCAAUUAAAAUUUUUUCAUCUAAAACGCAAAUGGUUCAAAUUUCCACGUAUUAUUACUUCAAAGACCUGAACAUAUUCAACGAAUUAAUGAGUUUUCUUACACCCGAUGUUAUUGAUCGCGUUUCUAAGCUUAUUAAGACAUUAAAAUAUAUUGCACCAGUACAAAACGUUUUAAUACAAAAUUACCCAUUCGAAGAUAUUAACAAAACUAUUACGGCCAUUAAAACUGUAAUUCAGAUGUCUUCAAAGAAAGAUUACAAAAAAUUAAUUUUAAACUUGUGUGAAACGAUAUUUAGCUUCAAUAGUUCGAACACUGUUCAAGCGUUUAUCAUUGCCGAAAUAAUUACGCAGAUGAAAGUCGAAUUUCCUCUACAUGGAUAUAUAGAUCUUUUAAGAAAGCACGUUGAUGCAAUUCCUUAUGCAGAAUCGCUUUCUACUGAAUUACAGGAGAGAGGAGUCUUCUCAUUUGAGCGUUUUAUGUCUUAUUUAAACGAAGAUAACUCUAUUAACGCUUCUAUCUUCAUGAACACGCCAUGUGUUAGCCAGAAUAAAAAUACCAUUGAAAGCAAUAUCGCUCGAGCUCAAAAAUACGAUCCUUCCGAAGAAUUCGAGCAUUAUCUCAAAAAAUUUAUGACAGAAAUGACAUUUUCCCAUAUCACAAUCGAUGAAGUAUUGCGUCUACCGCCUGUUAUACGUUACAAUGUUGUCAGAAGCAUCGCGGAAAAGAAUAAGAACUCAUCUUCCCUAGAUAUCCUCAUAGAAGUCAACUAUUUCGGACUUGCUAUUGGUCUACUCUUCGAUAUCGGCAAGAAACCUGUUAAUUCAAACAUUCUUCCGCUGAAACAGAUUUUUGAGUAUAAAUUAAAUCAAAUGGAGAAGCCAAUACCCCAGUAUUACCGCGAUUUGCUUGAUCCUAUUAUGUUUUCUAAGCACUAUGCCAUUGAAUUCUUCCAAAAACAUUCUUCAUAUUGCUCAUUACAGGUUUACAAUGCAAUUUUACAGGUAAACGACCAGCAUAGUUUCAAAACAAUAAUAGGACAGUUCCUUAAAGACCUUCUUGCCUUCCCAGGAGCUUCUGCCGAUGACAUUGCUGGAUUUAUUUGGGAUUUCUCAUAUUCUGUUCUCAUUGACAAUCCGAAAGACUUCAUAAUCAAGACAUUCUUAUCGAUACUGUUUGAAAACAGAGAAAAAUCCCUUUGUUUCCGUUGCAAAUCCCUUUGUCAAAUUUUUGAAAGGUUAUUUGAAUGGAAACUAAUGACUCCCUACUCAUUAAUCCAUAAGAUUAUUGCAGAUCCGUUUCCAGAAGUCGAAAAUAUCCUCAUGAAUUGUUUAUUCAAAUUAAUAACAAGCCGUAGCAACUUGUUUUCGCUUUCAGACUUCUUGAAUCCCAAGUUUGUUGACGAUGUAUUGCAAUUAGAAGGUCAAGAACUCUCAACAUUGAUCGAAUUAAUCUCAAAGCAUCUAAAUCACUGCGCGAUGCCAAUAGAUAUCAACAGAAACGAUGGAAACAAACAGAUGGGGGACCAAAGCGUCGCAUCCGCUAAUUACGCCUCUUUUAUCUACUCAAUUCUUCCUGAAAAACUUCGCCAGGAUGAUUUUAAUGCUGUUUUUGAGUACUUCCUGCAGAAUGUUUCAUGGCAAAAUGUAGAUGUAUGGUGUUCUUGGCUCGUAAACAAGCCAUGCUACCGCAUGGAAGGCCGAAUUUACGUUUCUAUUGUCCCAAAUCGUCCAGAUGACCAUUACCAAAAACUCGUGUCACUUUUUCAAAAUUUAUUCCAAAAUUCUUCGCUCGGCAAAACUUCAGACUUAAUUAAAUAUGCAUGGGUAGUUGUAUGCCAGGACGAACAUAUAGCUAAAUGUGCUGUUGAAAAUAUGAUGAACCUUGAAUUUUUCCCGAAUGUUUCAGAUUUCAUCACUCCAUCACUGAGACAUUCAAGUGAUGUCAUCCAUUCAAGAUUCCUUUCCAGGCUGAUCAGUAUGGGCGACAAAAGUGAUAAUUUUAUUAGCACAUCUCUUUGUUCGAUGCUAAUUUGCGCUACAAGUAAGAAUAACAGCUACGAUACGUUCUCAAACUGCUUUACAAAAAUCCUUCCAUACAUAAGUAGGUCAGCUAAUGCUUAUACAAUAGAUUUGAUCAACGGAGUCAUCGCAUUUUUAGAUGAAAGCUGUUCCGACCAACUAAGUCAUACCCUCAGGAAUUACAUGAAGACUAUUGAUUCUUCAACACUUUACUCGAACUUAAGAAUCAUUCCUUCACAGCCAUCUUCGUGGUUUAAGGAAGAAAAGCAAGUUUUGCCUCAAAUCGACCAAAGUAAUACUUACAAUCAUUCCCUGCAGCCUAAUAUCGGACCUGAAAGUAAUGUUGAUGAUCAGGGUGCAUAUGAUUAUAUUUUUGGAGAUGAUGAUGUAUUGCUUUAG